UCCCUGCUCUAUUAACCCGUGCCAAUCCAGGCAAAUUCCAUUGAUUUAUUCAUCAAAAUGGCUGUUCCCGCUUUCUCCGACAUCACCAAGGCCAGCAACGACCUUCUGAACAAGGACUUCUACCACACCUCCGCCGCUACCCUUGAGGUUAAGUCCAAGGCCCCCAAUGGCGUCAGCUUCAACGUGAAGGGCCGCUCUGCCCACGAGGGUCCUAUCGGAGGCCAGAUUGAGGCCAAGUACGCUGAUGCGCCUUCUGGUUUGACCCUCACUCAGGCCUGGACCACUCUCAACUCUCUUGACACCAAGGUUGAGCUUGACAACACCAUUGCCAAGGGCCUCAAGGCCGAGGUCUUGACCCAGUUCCUCCCCAGCACCCAGUCCAAGGGUGCCAAGCUCAACCUGUACUUCAAGCAGCCCAACUUCAACGCUCGCGCUUUCUUCGACCUUUUGAAGGGCCCCACCGCUGUCGUUGACGCUGUUCUUGGCCACGACGGUUUCCUCGUCGGUGCCGAGGCCGGUUACGAUGUUCAGAAGGCUGCUAUCACCAAGUACUCCGCCGCCGUCGGCUACAACGCUGCUCAGUACAGCGCUGGCAUCACUGCCACCAACAACUUGAGCGUUUUCUCCGCUGCCUACUACCACAAGGUUAACUCGCAGGUUGAGGCUGGCGCUAAGGCUACCUGGGACUCCAAGUCCGGCGACAAGGUCGGCCUUGAGGUUGCCAGCAAGUACCGCCUCGACCCUACCUCUUUCGCCAAGGCUAAGAUCAAUGACCGCGGCAUUGCCGCUCUUGCCUACAACGUCCUCCUCCGCCCUGGUGUCACUCUUGGCCUUGGUGCCUCUUUCGACACUCAGAAGCUCAACGAGGCUGCCCACAAGGUUGGCGCCAGCUUCACCUUCGAGGCUUAAAUUGAAACAUGAUCUAGACGUAGCCGAAGGGGUAGUGGGUAUCUCAUUUUUGAAAAAGGGAGCCCCAAGGUGUCAGCAAUGGUAAUUGUGGGAACAUAAUUUGAUUGCCGAUCUGUAAAUUAAUCAAAGUAUACGAUUUUCCGUACAGCCUUUGCGCGUCUUUUCUAAUUUUUACAUUUUACCCUAUCUGUGCUUAAUUGUAAUGGACGAUGAAGAUGAUCGGCUGCGCCAUUAGUGAUUCUCAAAGCGACUUAGCUUUGAUCGUCCUUUUUCUUCUUCUGAAACUUCCUUUCGAACAAGCCCGGUAGGAAAAUAGCCAAGGAAAGAACUCCCCCAACAAGGAUGAAAUUGAUCAAAACGCUCCCACCCGGCUCACGAAUAUGUGAUUUUGAUGCUUCGCGCCUUCGGCGCCUAACCUCCUGUUGCUCCUGGGACCGAAGAUGCCUCUCCCGAUCAAAAUGUGGUACAUCAUCGUCCAGCC